GUUCCCAGUACCAGAGCCUCAGCAAAGUCUCGACCGAAUUUCUCCACGGAUCGGCCCCCGCAUCGGAGGUGAGAGCUUGUAAUUGAUCCUGCGCAGUUACGCUCUUUUUAUGGGCGCUAUCCGGGCCUGAUUUCACAAACUAUCAAAAUUGAUAUACCUGCGUACCAAUUCUGCCUUACACUCCUCAGUUGCUAGUCUAUCCACAAUUAUGGCGGCUGAGCAAACAGCAAAUGGCCAAUCUGCACCACCGGCAGAUAGAAGAAUUCUUAUUCUCUAUGGAUCCGAAACGGGAAAUAGCCAAGAUGCAGCUGAGGAUCUUGAACGACUGGCGGAGCGAUUGCAUUUUAAGACCAGGGUCUGCGAGAUGAAUGAUAUUGAGAUUAAUACUUUGAUACGGUACCCUUUAGCCAUUUUCGUUACCUCGACAACUGGCCAAGGUGAGGUACCUAAGAACGCUCAAAAAUUCUGGAAGAGCUUGCUUCGCAAAAGGUUACCACCCGGUUGCCUCAGUCAAGUGGCAUUCACAACCUUUGGUCUCGGUGACAGCUCCUACACCAAGUACAACUGGGCUGCGAGGAAACUGCACAAACGCCUCGAACAGCUCGGGGCAACUGAAUUAUACCCACGUGGAGAAGCCGACGAACGUCACGAGGAAGGCAUCGACGGCACAUACCUCCCUUGGUCUCUUAGCCUUCGGGCCCAUCUGCUAUCAGAGUACCCGCUACCAGAAGGAGUGUCCCCAAUUCCACCUGAUGUUCAUCUUCCUCCCAAGUUCACUAUUAGACUCGUUCCGACGAUGGAUCGCGAGGGCGUCAGCAACUUAGACCCAUUAAUCCAGAAUAGUAAUGUUGGCCAACCGGCUCUCGGCAAUGACAAAGACGCACGUCCACCCACUGAUGCUGAUCGAAAGCCAAUGAUCGAUGGAAAGGCGGCACUCUUCAGUCACGUAGAUGCUGUGAACCCCGAACUUGACGAGAUUGAGCUGAUACGAGAGAGAGCCCGCCCUGGUAACUUGGCCCCUAUCGCUCGACUGUCCGAACAUACUGCACAGAAGAUGGAUGGGGGUCUCAAUAUUCUGGACCGGCCGAACGUGCUCCGAGAUCAUCCCGCGAAAUACUCUCUCCAAGACUCUACACCAACUUAUGAGAAGCCGCCACCUCCAGACCUUUUGCCCAUUCCUGACAGUUGGAUGGCUACUGUGAUCAGGAACGAGCGUGUCACUCCCCUGAAUCAUUGGCAAGAUGUUCGGCUUCUUGAGUUAAUUGUCAGCCCCAGGAUCAAUCCAGUAACCAAGAAAGUCCAUCACAGUUGUUUCUACAAGCCGGGCGACUGUGUAGUUAUAUACCCAAAGAACUUCCCUGUUGAUGUACAGGCACUAAUUGAUCGUAUGGAGUGGAACGAAGUGGCAGACAAACCCUUCAAACACUACUCAGAGAGAGACGAUGGGAUCAGCAUCGAGCAUGCUCCCAAAAGGUGUUACCCUCUGAAGAACACCACGCUGCGGCAGCUAUUGACUCACAACUACGACAUCACGGCAAUCCCGCACCGCGUCUUUUUUGAUCAUAUCAAAUUCUUUACGGACGACACUAUGCACAAGGACAGACUCACUGAAUUCGCUGACCCGGCUUAUACGGAUGAAUUCUACGAUUACACUUCACGGCCUCGAAGAUCAAUCCUGGAGAUCCUCCAGGAAUUCUCAUCGGUGAAAAUUCCGCACCAAUGGGUGCCUACCAUCUUCCCAAUCAUGCGUGGUCGGGAAUACAGCAUCGCCAGUGGAGGUCGUUUGAUUAAGGACCAGGAUGACCCGGACUACACACGAAUCGAGAUUCUGGUUGCACUGGUCAAGUACAAGACAGUUCUGCGCAAGAUACGCAAAGGGAUCUGUUCGCGAUAUAUCGAGUCCCUUCAACCGGAUACGCCAGUACAAGUCGGUCUUGAGGAACACCAAGGGCCCCCCAUCCAUAGUCAUGACUUCUCACGUCUACCUGUUCUUGCCAUUGCACCAGGAACCGGCGUGGCGCCUAUCCGAUCAUACAUCUGGGAUCGAGCCCUGGAGAGCCAACGUGGCCGGGAGUUCUUGUUCUUCGGCGGCCGGAAUCAUGAUGCCGACUUCUUCUUCAAGAAGGAAUGGGAACAGCUGGGGGUCGAUGUGAUCACGGCAUUCUCGAGAGACCAGAAGGAGAAAUUGUACGUCCAAGACGUUAUUCGUCGCGAGGCUAAAUUGGUCUGCGAACUAGUCCAGCAGAACGCCAUCAUACUCCUUUGUGGAAGUGCAGGAAAGAUGCCCUCGGCCGUUCGUCUGGCGCUUCGCGAUGCCCUCGUGAUAGGUGGUAUGGCGCGUGACCGUGACGAGGCGACGCAGAUCUUGAGCAGAUGCUGGUCCUGGGAGGAGGUGUGGUGAAAUGGAGGAAGAAGAGAACAAUACAUGAUGGCGUUUGGUUUGAGGGGUGGAUAAUACGUCAACACGUGUCAGGUAAACGGCCUCUUUGCGCAGGUUGCAUGAUAGCUUAUAUUUUUAGACUUCUAUAGACACCCAGACCGGAGAUUCGAGAGUACUGCUAAAUAUGAAUUUUGAUGCACCGGCUAGCUUUCUGGUGUGCCUUGACUAGCGACUACAUACU